UACUCAAGCUCAGUAAGGAAAAAAAUAGAUUAUGGAAUAGAGGAAAAUGAGUGGAAGAAUGUUAAUGAGUGCAUUAAUAUUGUUGGUUCUAUGUGAGUGCAUGAUGUUAGAAGCACGGCUUCAAGUGGGAUUUUAUGAAAAUUCUUGUAGUAUGGCUGAAUUCAUAGUCAAACAAGAGGUUACAAAGGCCUUCUUUAAAGAUAAGGGAGUGGCUGCUGGCCUUGCUCGCAUGCAUUUCCAUGAUUGCUUCGUUAGAGGGUGUGAUGGAUCGGUGUUGAUCGAAUCGACUCCAUCAAACAAAGCAGAAAAGGACUCACCAGUAAAUAAUCCGAGCCUUCGAGGUUUUGAAGUCAUUGACAGUGCAAAGGCGAGGUUGGAAUCUGUUUGUCAAGGAGUUGUUUCGUGUGCUGAUAUAAUCGCAUUUGCAGCUAGGGAUAGCGUAGAGAUAACUAGAGGAUUUGGCUAUGACGUUCCAGCUGGUAGAAGAGAUGGCAGAAUCUCAUUAGCUUCUGAGACAAGAAGUUUGCCGUCUCCUGCAUUCAACGUUGACCAGCUCACCCAAAACUUCAAAAAUAAGGGAUUCACUCAAGAAGAAAUGGUUACUCUCUCUGGAGCACACACCAUUGGUCGAUCUCAUUGUGUGUCCUUCAGCACCAGACUAUACAACUUCAGCUCAACAAGAAGCCAGGAUCCUAGUCUUGAUCCUGCCUAUGCUGCCCAGUUGAAGCGGCAAUGUCCACAAGGCAGCACGGAUGCAAGUUCGGUGGUGCCGAUGAACCCUGCAAGCCCAGCUGUCACUGAUGUAGGUUACUACAGGGAUAUUCUGGCCAACAGGGGCUUGUUUGCCUCCGAUCAAACUCUCCUCACAAAUCCAAAAACAGCUACCGAAGUAGCGCGAAAUGUUAGGAGUCCAUUCCUCUGGAGUAAAAAAUUUGCUAAUGCAAUGGUGAAGAUGGGUCAAAUUGGUGUCUUGACAGGCAAUGCUGGUGAAAUCCGAGCCAACUGUAGAUUCAUUAAUAGCUAAACAAAUCUUAUAUAUCUCUCUGUAUCCUAAGCGGGGACUACUCCUUUCUAGUUGGAGCUUUCACACCGCUGUAUUUUCUUGAACCUAUUAGUACUGUGAGAACCAUCAUCCAGGAACCAGAUUAUGUAUUGCUUUGCUGCCCUAUUAUGUCAUUUUGUCUCAUUUCCAGAAUAAUUUCAUGGAGAGAUGUAAGUUAGAAGUGCUUGUGUUAGAUCCAUCCUGAGAAAGACUUAUGUUGAUUGACUUCUGUACAACUUCUACAAAAUAGCAUUUUAUUCGAUAACAA